AGAGGUGCUGAGAAUGAUGGACCAUCUCAGCGAGGCGUGCCUGGGGAAGGAGAACUGUGACCUGGUCAACAGCAUGGGCGACCGCGACUCCAAGGCCCCCCCAGCCAAACUGGCCCGGCUGGAACAGAACGGCAGUCCCCUGGGCAGGGCCCGCCUGGGCAGCACGGGGGCCAAGCUGGCCGGGGUACCCUACAAACCCUCGGGACACCUCCUCAAGAACUGCCACAAGAGGGGCAACAUGCUCCCUGUGUUCUGCGUGGUGGAGCAUUACGAGAGCCCCAUCGAGUUUGACAGCAAGGAGGAGCACGCCGAGUUUGUGCUGGUCAGGAAAGACAUGCUGUUCAACCAGCUCAUUGAGAUGGCCCUUCUGUCACUGGGCUACUCGCACAGCUCGGCGGCACAGGCGAAAGGUCUCAUUCAGGUGGGCAAGUGGAACCCGGUCCCACUGUCCUACGUGACGGACGCACCGGACGCCACCGUGGCAGACAUGCUGCAGGACGUGUACCAUGUGGUCACGCUGAAAAUUCAGCUGCACAGUUGUCCUAAACUGGAGGACCUGCCGCCAGAGCAGUGGACCCACUCUACAGUAAGAAAUGCCCUCAAGGAGUUACUCAAAGACAUGAACCAGAGCUCUCUGGCAAAAGAAUGUCCCUUAUCACAGAGUAUGAUCUCCUCCAUUGUGAACAGCACUUACUAUGCAAAUGUGUCGGCGGCGAAGUGUCAGGAAUUUGGGCGCUGGUAUAAACAUUUCAAGAAGACAAAAGAUAUGAUGGCAGACUUGGACGGCCUGUCCGACCACUCCCCUCCGGGCCCCAACCACAACCACAACCAUCUGACCUUCUCCCAGCAGCCCAUCCCGGGCAGCACGGCCGAGCAGCCCCCCUCCUCCCCGGUGCCCCCCCUGCCCCCUCCGUCCCACAGUGGGGGCCAGACCCCCGGCCGCCCGGCUCAGCUCCCCCCUGGCCUGCAUCACCCUGGCCUGGUGUCCACCCCCAUUAGCCCCCAGCUGGUGAACCAGCAGCUGGUUAUGGCCCAGAUUCUCAACCAGCAGUAUGCCGUCAACCGGCUCCUGGCACAGCAGUCGCUGUCGCAGCAGUACCUCAACCACCCGCCGGUCAACCGAAACGCCCUGACCAAGCCCCUGGAGCCCCAGGUAGCCAGCAACACCGAGGUGUCCAUGGAGAUAUACCAAUGGGUGAGGGAUGAGCUGAAGAGGGCCGGCAUCUCCCAAGCCGUGUUCGCCCGCGUGGCUUUCAACAGGACCCAGGGCCUGUUGUCUGAGAUCCUGCGUAAAGAGGAGGAUCCUAAGACGGCCAGCCAGUCUCUGCUGGUCAACCUGCGGGCCAUGCAGAACUUCCUGCAGCUGCCCGAGGCCGAGCGAGACCGUAUCUACCAGGACGAGAGGGAAAGGAGCCUGACGGCUGCCUCGGCCAUGGGGCCUGCGCCACUCAUCAGCACCCCGCCCCCCCGGCCAGUGCAGGUGAAGGCCUCGCCGCUCCCCAGCGAGUGGAACGGCAAGACGGAGAGCUGCAUCCUCAACAUCAACUCCUCCAUAUAUGACGAGAUCCAGCAGGAGAUGAAGAGGGCCAAGGUGUCCCAGGCUCUGUUUGCCAAGGUGGCCGCCUCCAAGAGUCAGGGCUGGCUGUGUGAGCUUCUGCGCUGGAAGGAGGACCCCAGCCCGGAGAACCGUACGCUGUGGGAGAACCUGUCCAUGAUCCGCCGCUUCCUGAGCUUGGCCCAGGCGGAGCGUGACGCCAUCUACGAACAGGAGAGCACGGCCGGCCAGCAGCAGCACCACGCCGACCGUCCCCCGCACACAAUGCACAUGUCCACUGACCCCAUGCAGCAGCAGCACCAGCCCCCCAUGUCCCUCCAGCACCCCUCCCAGCCUCCACUGUCCCAGCAGCCCAUGCAACAGCAGCAGCAGCAACCACCCAUGGGCCCCCGGCUGCCCCCUCGCCAGCCCUCCACCGCUUCCCCGGCAGAGACAGAGGACGAGGGCCGCGGCGGCGGGGGCACCAAGGCUCGCUCCGGCGGGGGCAAGAUCUCCCACGAGGCCCUAGGCAUUCUGCAGAGCUUCAUUCAGGACGUGGGGAUGUACCCAGACGAGGAGGCCAUCCACACCCUAUCGGCCCAGCUGGACCUACCCAAGCUCACCAUCAUCAAGUUCUUCCAGAACCAGCGCUUCUACGUCAACCACCUGGCCAAGCCGCCCAAGGAACCCAGCAACAGCAGUAGCAGCAGCCCGGCCUUUGAGGAGGAACUGUCGGAAUUCAGGGAGGGCAGCGCCGAGCUGCUGAAGGAGCUGGAAGAGAAUACACAGACCAACAGCACCAUCUUCUCCAUCAAGAUCGAGGAGCACCUGGCCCACGCCGAGGCCCUCUCAGAAUCUGACCACGAGGCCAAGGAGUAGAGAGAGCAGCCCCCAGUCUGAACACUGUGCUGAAAGAGUAGUGUUGCUAUACACACAGAGACUGAAUGCAAUGCUAAAGGGUAAUGGUCUGGCUAGCGCAGUGCGGACGCUGCGAGAGAAAAGAGUAGUGUUUCUAUCAAUACAGAGUCUGGACUCUAUGCGUACGAUUAGCGUUUAUAUAUCAAUGCAGACUGAAAGGCUACGCAACGCUAGCAUUCUCACGCUGGAAACCGCUCCAUUUCCACAGACUACAGUAAUACGAAUAAGUAUUGCUUUUUCUGAUUUUGUAAAACUUGUAUUAUUCACUGUAAAGACUGAUGCAUCAUUUAAAUAACCUGCACAAAAAAUUAUUCAAAGUAUGUUGCCGUGGAUAUUUGCUGACUGCACUUAAUGUCUGUUGUUUUACACUGAUUUCCUUUCUUUUUGAGCUACUGAUAUUAUAAUAAAAAGCCCCCAUGGAGUUUGAUAGGACUUUGAUAGGUGUUUACGUAUGUGGUGUCAACUGGAUUUUUUCAAAUGCAUAUGAAAUCGAGGAACAAGUGGAUGACAAGGCCUUAAUGAUGAGGUACUAAGUCUGGAAGCCUGCUGGCAAAUUAGUUAUUCUUUGAAAAAGCGAAAAACAUGACGGUGAUUACGGAUCACUCAAACUCUGGAACCCAAAACGCACCCCAAGUGCGUCGCCGAGAAUAGCUCAAUCGUUACAUAUUAUUUGUUAGGAAGAAAUAUAAAUAUAUAUAUAGACAUUAUAUUAACUGUAAAAAAAGAUACAGUCUUAAAGAAACUAUGCCAAUAAAUGCCUUGUACUAUAUGGCACUGCCGAUUAGAUUAUUUUGCAAAACCUUUGUCACUGUAACUUUUUGAAUCAGCCACACAGUUUAAAAAUGUGAAUCACAAACUCUGUUUUUUGUUGUCUUCUACAUUAUUUAUUUGCAGUUCAUGCAGUGUUUCUGAUGUAAUUACUUUUUGGGGAAAGUUUGUUACAUAGCGCUUUUUUUAUUUCACUGAUCCUUUUCUAUUUAUAAAUGUCAUUUUGAUGGGCAGUAAAAACAAAAAGUGUCUUAACGUUUUAAAUGGAAGAUGUGCUUUAAAGGUUGCCUAUAAAAGUGCUGUAUGUCAAGCAACUCAUGCUACAAGCUUCACAAUUAAUGUUGUAUGCAAUUUUUACUAUCAUGCAAAUAAGCAUAGGUAAAUUACUAACCUAUAGAACACCUUAGAGAGAAAAACAUAUGCAAUCUGUGUGAAUAUCGAUGUCUGCAAUGUGUCUUCCUUUGGUUAAGAAUCCAAUUCAAGCUAUUCCUGUAUAAAUAUCCUGUAUACAUUUUUUUUUCUUUUUUAUGAGUUUAUUUCAAUGAGAACAUCAGUUAUUUUGUUACAACUGACUGUUUUAUAAGUGUUUCUCGGUUUCUUUAUGCAGAAAUUGUCUAACUAGGAGUGGUUCUUUAUUGUUAAUUACACAAUUAAACUGUUUGUAUUGUA